CCUAUGAAACCUUAAUAGAGGCAUUGGGUAUGGUUCGCGAAUAUGAUGCCAUUCUGGACACACACCAAAUCAUGCUUCAGCUUAACAUUAUUCCAUCAUACAAGUAUUACGAUCAAUUGAUAUCCAUAUUAACCAAAGAGACUCCGAGUGAAAGCGUCAAGCAAUUUCUUGGCACACUUCCCACUGAAAUGUCACGUUUUAAAAUUGAAAAUGUCGAACAACUCAUAUUGAAAAUUCUCUUCUAA